AUGCGCAGCAGAAGGGUCCUCACCGAUUCGUCGUUCACGCUUUCCCUUGCAUCCUGGAUAGAGUUUCUUAUACCAUCGUUAGAGCGGCCACGUGUGUAUCGUCUAACCAGACCUUUCACUAGCCUUCAGUUUAUCGUUAACAGGGAAAUACUAUUUGUGAAGAUUGUAGAUUAUCGGGGACCUUUAGCUAUCAGCAAGGUGACAAUGGCUCUCGGCAGCAGGAAGACAAGCGACGAGCAAACUUCACGCCUGCGUGCCUGCACGUCGGACCUGAAGGCCGCAGAUCAGAUUACUGCGGAGAAGAAUACCUGCGACGCACUCGGCCUCCUUCACCCGGAGGGCCCUCGCCUCAAGGCCUGGAACGUUGUUAUUCACACUCUCGUGAUGUGGUCGUCGUUCUGGGUGACCCUGGAGUUCGCCUUCCUCCCGAACCCGUCCCCGGCAAUUCUCUACUUCGACAGCGCCGUCUGUCUCUUUUUUCUCGCCAACACCGCCAUCACCUUCAAACGCGCAUUUCGAUGCAGCCGGUCUCUUCGGCUUGUGACUUCGAGGAGCGCGAUCGCUCUGCGAUACGCGAAAGGCGGUCUGCUAUUCGACAUUGUGUCAUCCAUUCCGUACAACUUAAUUUAUUACUGGGCCAAUGGCACCCCCGCUUCCGGAGCCCUUGGCUACGUCUUUCGUGGACUUCCUUGCCUGCGUCUCUAUCGUAUCGUGGACUUCUACCAUGCCCUCUCUGCGCUCGGAACGGCGAACCAGGCGCUGUAUUUCAGCAUUCGUGUUUUCAAGCUCGUGCUGAACAUCGUGCUGGCGUCGCACCUCUUCGCGGUGGCCUACUUCUUCCUCACCCUCAUGGAGCCCGACCCCGAAAACACCUGGAUCGGCCAAGGCAUCGGCCCGGACUGGCCUGAACAGUCCGUCUUUCUGCAGUACGUGGCGGCGCUGUGGUGGUCCAUCUUCGUCAUCACCAGCAUUGGCCCUGCCUACACCUCGGUCACCACAGCCGAGCAGAUCUUCAGCUGCUUCUACGCGCUCUUCGGCAUGGCAACUCUGGCGUACACCCUGGGCACACUGACGCUGCUCAUGGUCAAGCAAUCCAGCAAGACCAUGCAAUACCAUGAGGACAUGGCGGCUCUCAAGGCCUACGUGGCGCGCACCAACCUGCCGGCGGACGUGGAGCGGCAGCUGAAGCAGCAGCUGCGCGUGCAGCUGCAGAUGCACAAGUCUGACGCCUCCUCCUUCCUCUCCAGCAUCCCCCACCACCUGCGCGUCACCGUCUCCCGCCAGCUCUACCUCCCCAUCGUUGAGAACCUCGACGGAUUCCGCCUCUGUUCUAAGGCCUUCCUCAAGCAGCUGGUGUCAGAGAUGGACGUGGAAACGGUCAUGCGCAACGACAUUGUGACAUCAGAGGGGGACGUGGCAACUCAUCUCUACAUUGUGCUCUCCGGCAAACUCGUUCGUGAGGACGGGCCUGCAGCAGCCCUCCAGAGCGGAUUCUCCACCUUCCUGACAGCAGGGUCUGUCUUCGGCAAGACAGCGGUGAUGUGUGACGUGCUGCAGCUCUUCACAGUGCGAGCACUGGAGCACAGCCAGUUGCUGCGCCUCUCCAAGUCCGCUUUCUCUGCCAUCGCCAGAGCCUACCCCGCAGACUCCUCCAUCCUCUUCACUGCCCUCAAGCAGAACAUUGACGGCCCCGAGUCGCUCAUCCGCACGCCCUCAGAGCUCGCGGUUUCCCAGGGCCUGGCGCGCUCGCAGCCCUCGUGGAAGGGCUUCGGCGCCACCCCUGAGGAGCCCGCAGAGGGGAAGGUGCCUGCUGGGCGGAUGCUGUUGGAGUCCGUCGCUGUGGACAGUGGGGACGAGGAUCAGGUUUCCAGGGUGUGUGGAGCUGCUGCCUCUGGCCGAGCGGACCAGCUGGUUGACCUGCUCACAGCCACGCCCUCCCUCGCCCACUGCCACGACUACAACGGUCGCACCCCUCUGCAUGUAGCCUCCGCCCACGGCCAUGUCAGCUGCAUCAACACCAUUCUGAAGUGCAAGAAUGUCGACGUCAAUGCUCUCGAUCGCGGCGGCUCCACGCCUCUCCUCGAGGCAGUGAAGAACGGCCAUACCAAGGCAGCAGAGGCACUGCAGGCAGCAGGCGCAGCUCUCCUGCUCAAGGACCCGGGGGUUACUCUCUGCCGCCUCGCUGCAUCUGCAGCCACGGAAGGCACCGCCACCAACACCACGAGUGCUAGUGCUGCGAGCAAGAGGGGCGGCAGCAGUGUGGAGUAUCUGAAGUGGCUGCUGGCGGCAGGAGCGGAUGUGAAUGCGCAGGACCAUGCUGGCUGCACUGCCCUGCACGUUGCCUGUGCCAACCGCAGCAUUGCUGUUGCGAAGCUCCUGAUAGCUCAUGGUGCUGAUGCUCAUUUGGAGGACAUGAGUGGCAACACUGCCUACGACCUGGCCAAGGCUGGAGGGUCUGCGGACCUGCUGAAUGAGCUGGACAGCCAGCCACCCACCCCAACUCAGGGUGCCUUUGCUGGCAGCUGUGGGGACCGCAAGCUGCUGCUGCACGUGGCAGCACAUGUUGCCAGUCAAACGAAUCUCAUUCCUCCCCUACCUUCUUCUUUUGAAUCCCAGGAGGAUCGCAAGCUGCUGCUGCACGUGGCAGCGCACGGCACGAGGCAGUGGAGGGCCGUUGUCAACGCGGGACUGCUGCCAGGCCGGGACAGCAAGGCGUGCUGCAACCGAUUCAUCGUGCUAAAGAGGAAGUUCUUCAAGCGUCAAGAGCAACGACUUCAGUCCGAAGCAACACUACAGCCCGAUUGUCCAAAUGAGGUCGCUGCUGCUUCCGGGGCUGCUUGUGUAGAACCGUCUUUGGAGGGCGGUGUGUCUCAUGAUGAGACCACGGGCAGCCACAUGAUUUUUUACUCGAAUCCGAAGUCAGGUUGUGCUGAACCGUCUUUGGAGGGCGGUGUGUCUCAUGAUGAGGGCACGGCGGGUGGCAACAUGCGUCAUGAGGGAGCCAAGGGCGGCAGCACCAAUGGCAGCGGCAUCGCUGGUGAUAGCAUUUCCUUCCCAGCGCCUUGUGAUGAGACCAAGGAAGGAGGUGUGGCGCACGGCGGCACAAGUAACGCAAUUGCCAGUGAUGGCACCGCUGGUGAUGGCACCACCGUUGAUGGCACCGCCGGUGAUGGCACCAUGUGUGUCUCCUUCUCGAUGCAUGGCAGCACGAGUCACGUCGCUGUUCAUGAUGGCCCCACCACCAGAGGCGGUAUUGCCAGUGGUGGCACCGCCAGUGAUGGCAUCGAAUGUGUUUCUGUCCCAACUCAUUUUGAUGAGAUGGAGGGAGGAGGCAUGGUGCACGACAGCAAUAGUCACAUCAUUGCCAGUGAUGACACCCAGUGUUGGCAUCAUCACCAGUGGUGGUGGCAUACAGGCACGGGGGGUGAUGCCACCAUGCCUGCUGUUGCCACAAGCAGACAUGCCUCCAAGCCUCGUGCCUUCACACCCCCUCCCAGCACACCCCCUCCCAUCACACCCCCUCCCAGCACACUCCCUCCCAUCACACCCCCUCCCAGCACACCCCCUCCCAGCACACUCUUUCCCAUCACACUCCCUCCCAUCACAUCUCUUUCGAGCACACACUGUACCAUCGCGCCUCUUGUCAUCUCACUCGCUGCCAUUGCACCUCUUCCCAACACACUCCCUCUCAACGCCGUCCCUCCCAUCACACUCCCUCCCAUCACACUCCCUCCCAUCACACUCCCUCCCAUCACACUCCCUCCCAUCACACUCCCUCCCAUCACACUCCCACUCCCGCCCAUCACACUCCCUCUCAUCACAUUCCCGCCCAUCACACCUCCUGCCAUCACGCCAGCUGCGGGGGUUACCCCCACACAUGUGGGGUUACAUUCCAAGUACCCCUGGGGAAGUUUGUGA